CUCAGCUGUCCAGCGAGCGCAGAGUGACUGACGUUAAUUUCACUACCGGAUUGGAUUAUCACGAUUCCUUUUGACUCGCAGUUCCUAUUAUUGCUUGUUAAACGCAAUUUCAAUCUGAAGUUGUCGCGUCGCGUCGUAAUUCGUAAAUAUGGCAUCGUUUAAAUUAUACUUUUCGUUUGCUUUGAUUUGUGGCGCUCUGGUUCUUGGCCAAGCUGUGGAGGUAUCGAAACCACCACCAACCGAAGUCAUUGACCUCACAACUUCAAACACUGAAGCACCAACCACAAUCCCAGACACAACCCCAGACACAAAGCCACAUACAACAACAUCAACUACCACAACGAGUACAACUCCAUCACCUGACACUACAACAAGCACAACCACAUCUACAACCACGCCAGCCCCACCGAAGCCGACACCUACACCGGCCCCAGUGCCGCCAAAGCCCAUCGGACCUCCGGACCAGGGACUGUGGCCGUACGUUGACAGCAAGAAUGUGACGUGUGUCAUUGUGCAGUUUGCUGCGCAGUUGAAUGUCACCUAUGGCAAGCCUAACUCCUCCUCCUCGGAGCUGAUGCACGUGAUCCUCAACGUCCCCGCCAACGCGUCCGUCAUCUCCGGCAACUGCGACGGCCUUGAACAGUGGAUCACCAUUGGCUGGGCAGCGACCAAUGAGACCAACCACACGUUGACCGUCUUGUUCGCUAAGAAUGACACUAAGAAGUUUUAUGAGAUGAAGAGCUUGAAUGCUUCGCUUGUGUCUUCUAUCUUCCCUAACAUUACAAACGUGGACACCAUCAACCUAUCCCACCAGACACCGGAAUGGCAGACGCCGCUCGCCGCGUCCUACCGGUGCACUCCGCCCACAGAACUCAAGAUGAAUGCGGACUACAACAACAUUGCAGCUACUUUAACACUUAGCCGAUUGCAAGAGGAGGCUUUCAGGAAUGCUACUGGCAACGGCUUCAGUGCUGCUCGCGAUUGCUCCGGUGGCGACAUACCCGAUGCCGUCCCCAUCGCGGUGGGCUGCGCUCUCGGCGGUAUGGUGGUCGUCGUGCUGAUCGCUUACCUCGUCGCCCGCCGCCGCUCCGCCAACCGCGGAUACCUGUCCAUGUGAACAGAUUACGUAUCGGAGUAAAUAGAAAGUAGUCAAUAUAUAAAUAGUAACAGGUAAACAAUCACAGCAUUUACCUAACCCUAAAGACAUUUCGUGGUUAAAUCUCAUAAUAAUAUAUCCCCAUUGUCAUCAUUAAUAUAGGAAAAUAAUUUGAUGUGAUUUGCUCAACGACUUUUUUUAUGCUGGCAACAUCCGGUAAUCAUUUUUUAAAUUAUGAUUUUUUUAGAACCCCAGUAACUCGCUUGUCAGGUAUAAGCUUGGGUCGAUUUAUCUCAAUAUUUCUGUCUCUUUCGCACUUAUACGUGUUGAAAUGGUGGGGUGAAUUGAAAUAUGAUUAAAAAAAAUAUUUGAUUGUAUUUGUUUUGUGGGUGUCUUUUUGUUUUCGUAGUCUUGGCCAUAAUAAUAAUAAUUUUAUAAUAAAUCUUUUAAUUUCUAUAUCUUAGAAAUGCUAACUGAAUUUUAAUUUCUGAUUGGAUUGUGAACAAUUAAAAGUGGUAGAAAUAUUACAUAUAUGUAUACAUUAUGUGAUGUUAUUUAGUAAUAGCUGAAAGUAGAUUUUUUUUUAAUGAUUGUAAUUGAUUUUAUAAGAUAUUAGUGUGCGAUGACAUUUUAUCCAAAGAUUCAAUAAUUUCCAUUCAGUUAUACUGGUGUAUAGCUAGAUGUCAAUAUGUCAAUCUGUCUGUCCAAAAAGUGACUAUAGUUGGAAUUAACAGUGUCUUUUAGAUUUAACCUAGUAAUCUAGAUCUAUUCAUUAAGUAAAAUGUGCUGGAUAAUUUAAAACUCAGACUAAAAAAAGUAAAAUCCCACUUCUGAUAUUUUGUACACUUUAUUUCAAACCUUAGAUAUAAAGGUGAAUUUUGAAUUGGCUUGUCAACAUUAUCCAGUAACAGACUUAACUGAUCGACUUUAAAGACACUUAGAGGGUGCAAUUUAGAAAGAGAGGGUCCGACGUAAUGAGGGAUGGAAGACUUGGAAACUUUUAGCUACAAACUUGAGUAACUUGCCAAGCUGAAAUUAAAGACAAAAUUUAGUUUUUUUUUACAAAUAAGUGCUUAAGUUUUAUAAUGUAUUUGACAUUAUUUCAUUAUUAUACCGUAUAAAGUACUCGAUGAAUAUCUUUAUGCUUACUUCUGAGUUAUGUAUAGUUAUGAUAACUUUGACAUAUUGAUCGAGAAGACAGAUUUCUUUAUAUACGUAACACAGCACACAAAUUGCACAUUUACACAAGUUAGUAGCUAAAAGUAAAUGUUUUUAGAUGGGCCAAGCAAAACAAUAAAAAAAAUCUUGUUUAUGGAAUUUAAGCGGAGGGAAUGAUAUCGCUGACUCAAUAUUACAAGGUUCUCUGUUACAUUUUCGAGAUACUUGAAAAUCGACUUAAUGUCACUAUGAUAAUGUUCAAAUUUCAGUUCGAUAAAUGUGAAACAUAGAACCCUUAUAUGUAGUUUUGUUAGAUUCCAAAAAUAGAUUGAACCUAUAUAAUAUGAGUUUUAACUCCGUUACUGUUAAACAUUUUCCUUAUGUUUUGCUUGGCCAAUACGGAAAACGGAGAAUGUAAUACUGAAAAUAAAUGAACGUUUUUUAUUGCCACAA